CGCGUCACCGCGCCCCCGCGCCCCGCCCCCUUGCCCACCUAGUGGGCGUGGCUCCGCGCCGCCGCGCAGGUGACCCGGCUAAGCGGAGUGGAGCCCGGGCGUGCCGAGCGGAGCCUGGCUCACACGCGGUCCACGCCCAGCAGACCCGCCCAUUCGACAGGUGGGAGAGAAGGAAGGCGGCACACCCGGGGAGCUUCUCGAAGUGCUCGCUUUCCCAAAGGUUUGGGACGUCAUGGGACUGCAAAUACAGUCAUUGGUCCAGGCACCGUAGAAACAAGAGGAAUGUGGUAACGCGUAGCUCUGUUUUCAAUUCCAUUCAAGACGCGUAGAUUAAAUACGGGAUGGGCGCGGAGACCUAGAACCAGACUUGAAAAAUCCCGCCCUCUGGUGCCUCCUGGAGGGAAGACCGGAGAGUUUUACAACUGUAGUUAGCCUGGCCUUGUAGCACUUGCCGUUUGUCCCAGAGAAGCAGAAGCCUUUGCAUCCCUGUGAGUUUAACGUCAUCCUGGUGUACAAAGCAAGAUACGGGCUGGCCAAGGCUACAUAGUGAGACCCUAUCUCAAAAAAGGGGGAAUGGGUAGUAGUGGAGAGAUGGUUCAGUGGUUAAGAACACUGGCUGCUUUGUCAGAGGAUCUAGGUUUGAAUCCAUCACUUGUGGCGCCUCACAGCAAUCUGUAACUCCAUUUCCAGGGAAUGUGACACUCUUUUCUGGCCUCCCAGGGUAUCAUGAACGCAUGCGGAGCCCAGACUUACAUACAAAACACCCAUACACGUGAAAAAAAAAGUGUCUUAAGAAAUCUUUAAAAGGCACUAUUCGCGUGCUUCAUCCUACUAACCCACCAGGAAAAAAAAUGGUCAGAAGAGACCUUUCUCUCAGUUGUCGUGAGAAACAUUUUAAAAAUUAGAUUUCGGGAACCAGUUCCAAAUUUUACUAUUGAGGGACUGAGUGGGGAAAUGUAAUUGGGAAAGGACGAUUGUUUCUUUCUGGUUUUUCCCUGUUCUGACGCGAGGCAGGUCGCAAAUAGUUGAAGCGUUGAACGAAACCAUUGGGUACAUUCUGUUGGCAUGAGAGAUGCUUGCAAAACAGAAGCCCGAGCAGUUCCCUGGUGGACACAUGCCGGUGGUCUCUGUUCUUUGGAAAAUACGAUGUUGGGUCGCUGCCGGAAGUUGCUCAGUCCAAGGCAGCAACAAGCAGCCGGACAGAGUUUUCUCCUUUUUCCCCCGACUUUGCGCUGAAGGAGUCAAGUUAAAGGAUUAAUUGGCAUUACAUUUCCAGGAAAAAGAGAAAGAAGACUCUCGGUAAACGAAUGUACGCUCUUUCAAAGAAAAACAAAAACGCUUCUUCCCUAAAGCGGGGGAUCUAUACUUCUACAUUUCUUUCUCGUUAAAACAAAUUCAGAAUCCCCUGAGCGUUCAACGCGCUUCUGGAAAUGACCCCUCCCGGGAGCCGUGGGCGUGACGUCAUCGCGGCGCGACGGCGGACCAUUAGCUCCAGCUCGGCCGCACAGCUUGCUGAUCCAGGCUCCUUCGCCUGGCGGUGCUGCCAUCGCCUCUGACCCCGUUCUAUCGCGAUGGACAAUCUUGGGGAGUCGCCCACGGACAAAGGCGGGGAGCCAGGGGAGUCAGAGGAGACGGGGGCUACUCCUGGGGCCGCGGUGGCCGCUGACACUGAAGGAAUCCAGGAGGAAACCGGCAGGGAUGGAGACGCGGACUUGAAAGAAGCCGCGGCGGAGGAAAGCGAGCUCAAGAGUCAGGAUGCCUCAGAUUUAACAGCAGUCGAGAGGGAAGACUCAUCAUCACUUACUCCUGCAGCCAAAAAGCUGAAACUGGACCCCAAGGACAAGAAGGAGAAGAAGCAGAAGGUGGACGAAGAUGAGAUUCAGAAGAUGCAGAUCCUGGUCUCAUCUUUUUCUGAGGAGCAGCUGAACCGUUAUGAAAUGUAUCGCAGGUCAGCCUUCCCUAAGGCAGCCAUUAAAAGGCUGAUCCAGUCCAUCACUGGCACCUCUGUGUCUCAGAACGUGGUGAUUGCAAUGUCCGGCAUUUCCAAAGUUUUUGUCGGGGAGGUGGUAGAGGAAGCCCUGGACGUGUGUGAGAAGUGGGGAGAAGUGCCGCCCCUGCAGCCCAAGCACAUGAGGGAGGCCGUUCGGAGGUUGAAGUCCAAGGGGCAAAUCCCCAACUCAAAGCACAAGAAAAUCACCUUCUUCUAAAUCUAACGGAGACUGUUCCAGACUUUUCGUUGUUGGGCUCCUAUGCUGGGGCUUGGUUGGUGGUGCUCCUGGGACCACGAUGCGGACUGUAAUGCUUCUGUCACACCUUCAAGGCAUGCAGUGUGACUUAGACUUGCCUUCCCUCAGUCCUGGACUGUCCUCAAGCUGUUGAAGAAUUUCACUGACUCUUGGCUAGUUUGAAGGACAAACAUACAGGACCUUUAGUCUCUGCUGGAGAGGGAGAUGGUCUCAGAGAGAGGACGACGCUAGCGGCUUCGCAGUGAAAACUGAAGUCGCUAAGAUCCAGCAUUUCUUGCUCUGAUUUUCACAACAUAAACCUGCAGUCAUCUGCUGUGAGGAGUCACACCGUGACAUGCUUCUCAACGUUGGCAUUUCAGGCUCUCUCGUGUAUUUUGUAACGGACCAUUAAACUUUCCAACCUGUGUGGGAAAGUUAAUUUUGUUGCAGACAAAACUCAUUCUUCCAAAGUUGAAAUAAAACUUGGCUUUUUUUUUUUUU